GAUAAGCUUUCGCCAUAGUAGGAUUCGAGGGUUUGCCUCCCCCCAACAUCAACUCUCCCCUUUACCGCGAAAAGUGCGCUGCCUUCCACAUUAUGGCUGCGGUUAAUUCUGCAGAGGAGUGCAAUUUGCAGUCAAAUAAAGACAGUUUGUCCCCUGAAUAUAAGAAUGUCGCGGCCCAGAAGAUGAAUAUCGAUCCAGUGAGCAAUAGCAAAGACAGCAAUGCUAAAAACACAAACGGAGAAAUGGCAUAUAGUCCCGCUGGCCUUGCGUUCAAAGCCCAGGACCACGCCGACGCUGCUGCAGUUUCAGCCGUGAAGAUUAAAGUAGAGCAGGCGGAGGAAGACGAGUGUGUAAUUGUACAUGUGGACGAGGCUGAGGACGCAGAUGUGGCUGUUAUGUCUACCAGUAAACGAGACUCGUCUGCGAGAGGUGAAAGUGUCGAGGGAGAUUGGCCAUUUCGCUGUGAGGAUUGUAGUGAGGCCUUUGGGAAUGAGGAGGAUUACCUAGAGCAUCGCAGUGAGCAUAUCCACGAUGGCCCAAUAGUCUGCCUGGACACUGAUUCGCAAUGGGAUCACCUGCUCAUCUCGACAGAUGGAGGUCGGAGAACAUUAUUCUGUGGUCUGUGCGGACAGAAGUUUUCAAGCUCAAAAGGUUUUUUCAACCAUCAAAUGAAACACCGUAAUCAAGCCAUUAAACGCGAAACGGGUAACAGCUUUAGUGCAGCGCGGCAGAAGAUUUUUGAAUGCAAAGUUUGUGGCAAAACUUAUUCCACUAUUGGUCAGUGUCUCAACCACGAGCGCUCACAUAAACAGGCUUCAAAGUCUGUUUUUCAUCAGAUUGCUCACUUAAAGAAAAAGUCAUUUCAAUGCCCGACCUGUGGACGCUGUUACUCUCGGGCUUCGGCUCUUGACGCACAUCGCCGUUGUCAUGAGGUAAAGCUGGUAAAAUCAAAAACCUUCGAAACUGAGAAAACUAUGUCGCUUAAUGAAGCUUCGGCUCAAGAUCAGAACAAUGGUACCAGCUCUGAACAGACAGAGGAGCAAGAGCAAAAGGUUUUUCAGUGCUUUUGUGGCAGAUCUUUCCGUACUAUGUGUGGCCUCGGGACGCACCAGAGGUUCUCAACCAGCUGUUCAGAUGGAAAGGUGAAGGAGGAAAUUAAGCAUCCGUUUGUCUGCUCUGAAUGUGGUAAGACCUUCAUUAGUUCUGUGGCUCUGCUGUGCCACCAGCGUUGGCAUAAAAGACGGGAGCAACUUGUCUGCAAUAACCAGUCAUAUAAAUGCUCAGAGUGCGGCAGGGUCUUCACCUCGCUCACAUUCUACAAUAAGCAUCAGCGUCUGGCACACAGUGAAGAGCAGGCAGCAAAAUCUUUCCUUCAUCAAGUUAUUCAGCUCAAGAAGAAAGCUUUUGAGUGUCAGCAGUGUGGUCGCCGGUUCUCGCGAGCAUCAGCACUGCAGUCACAUCAGCUCUGUCAUACUGACGCCUUCUUUGACAUCAUGGAGAAGAAGCCUGAGAUGAGCACCGCCAUUCACACUGUGAAAAUCCAGGAGGACCAUGUUGACAGUGUUGUUUUUCAGGCUCAGGACAUCUCGGACGUUCAAGUUCAAGAGAAAGAUAUUAACUGUAACAACACAGUAGAGGAGCAUAACGCUGUAGAUGCUGAUUAUGAAGUUGUCCAUAUCACAUCUUCAGAUGAUUCUGAGAGCACACAGGAUCCAAAUCCUGAUCUUGAGUUAGUUUGCGAAUCAGACCAAGAGGAGAAAGAUGACUUGAGUUUGACAGCUGAAUCCACAUCGUCCUUGCCAUUAAAUCCAGCGAUUGAUGUUAAAAUUGUGCAGAUUGAUUAUGAGCAUUUAAAUGAGGAACCAUUUAUGAAUGCAGAACUGAUGAGCAAAAGCCAUCCUCGAGUGGCAAAGUAUAAUUGUCCACACUGUGACAGAAAGUUUUUCAAGGCUUCGUCCUUGCGCUGUCACGUACUUUGGCACAAAAGGUCCAUGAGAAAAAAAGCAGAGUGGCAGAAAUUUGACAUUUUGUCACCAACUAAGAAGGUACUUUUAACAUGUGAGGUUUGUGGCCAUGAAAGUCCUUCCAAGAGUGCUCAUUACUUUCACAUGGGAAAGCAUGACGAUAAAGUAGCAUGCAAGUCUAUUUCCUACCAACUGGAAAAUCUGCAGAAGAAUAAUAUAAAAUGUGAAGAGUGCGGCAUGUGUUUUUCCAGACUGUCUGCUUUGCAUUCUCACCAACAGCUUCACAGUGGCAAAAAGAAGCCCUUUGCUUGCUUGCAAUGUGAAAGGAGCUAUGCAACUGCAAGCGGUCUGUACAACCAUCAGAAAGUUUGCUGUGGUGGCGCCAAAGAUGAAAUGACAAAACAUUUCAACCCGACCAAAACACUUUUGGGCCCAAAGGUUCAUCACUGUAAAAAGUGUGGUAAAGGUUUUUGGUCUAUGGGAGCCUUCUGUCAUCACAAACAAAACAACUCAGAGUGUGCAGAUGUUGAGACGAGGCCCGCCAGUGCGGGCGCCACUGAGAAUGGCCACAUACGACGCAAAAAACGGGGUCGUAGGGGUGGUUAUAAAAAAGUGCACCCAAUGAAUUCAAAAGUAGAACAUAAAUGUGAGGUGUGUGGAAAAUCAUACCACAUGCUGGCUUGUUUUCUUAAACACAAGCUUGUCCAUGAUGCUCAAGGUCUUCGACCUGCAGUCAAAUCAUUUGACUAUCAAGUUCAACAGCUGAAAAAGAACUCCUACCAAUGUCCCGACUGUGGAAAAGUUUUCUCCCGUGCAAUGGCCCUCCAGUUUCAUAUGAAAAGUCAUGGCUUUGAGACUGGCCUUCCUGUGACUGACCCUGGUUCAUCUGAGCGACCCCAAUGUCUAACAUGCUAUUCUUUUUUUGCGUCUGAGUCGCUACUGCAGGAUCAUCAGAAACACUGUUUAAAACCAGAGGACAAUGUGGAAUCUUCACAGGAACAUGAGAAAGUGGGAACAGAAAUACAAGAUGCAUCUUCGCAGAAAUCUGAAGAUGUUAGUGAAAUGUCUCCUUCAGCCGUUUCUGAUAAAGAACAGAAAGCACCUUCAGCUUCAAAUAUGAAAUACAAAUGUAAGGACUGUAGUAGGAGCUUCUCUGUAAUUGGUGCUCUGAACUUUCACAAGCGAAUUCAUCGCAAAGGUCACCAGUCUAAAAAGAUGAAAUCUUAUCCGGUAAAGCCGUUGAAGCUUAGCAAAGUAAAAGCAGAGAAGUGUUCAGCAAAAUCACCUUUUGUUUGUGCUGAAUGUGGAAGACAUUUUAGGACCAAUUCCGCUCUUGGCACACAUAAGCGAUGGCACAAAGACAAAAAAUUUGCCAAAUAUCUCUCAAAGACCAAUACGGUGCGCUCAAGGAAAAGUAUGGACGGUGGACCUUAUUUAUGCAAUUUGUGCGGGAAAGGAUUCUUCUACCUUUGUGUUCUUCGUCGACAUCAAUUGCAUCAUCCUCCCAUGGAGGCUCAACCCCAAAAAGACAAUGAAGUUGCUGAAUCAAAAGAUCUUUAUACUUGUCCAGAUUGUCAGAUGUCUUUCUCAACUGGGUCUCUGCUAACAACUCACUUUGCAGAUCAUCACAGCAAGAACACUGAGACUGAGAAACAGUCAGAAAAUGUCCCUACAGAAGAGUUGGGUUCCCCCAUCAAACAAUCAUACGCAUACAAAGCAGAUAUUACCAAAACAGAGAAGACUAAGGUGCAGCACUAUCAAUGCCCCCACUGUCCUAAGAGCUUCUUGAACAUACGCGGCCUCCGUGCGCACAAGUGGCAGAAACACGACAAGGUUAGCGAACAAGCCACAGUGUCUCAAGAAGAACCCUUGGCAUAUGCAAAGCCCAUUGCUUCUUGUGAAGUGCCAAAGAAGAAAGAGCUGAAACCAUAUACUGAAGAGGAAUCUGUACAGAGCAGUCGAAACGUGGAGCUCACUAAAUGUUUGUUCAGGUGCAAUAAAUGUGCAAAAUCUUUUCCCAGUGAGGAUCAGUUAAACGCUCAUAAGGAGGUGGCAAAGACUCGUCCGCACUGCUGCACUCUUUGCUGUCGCGGCUACUGGACUGAAAACCAGCUGCAACAGCAUCUUGCAUGGCACAAUGAAGUACGUCAGCGUCUGCCAACUGAACUGCGGUACAGACUGAGUGCUUCCAUAGCACCUGGACCUUCAGACAACCUGCAGACUUUCUCACAAAGAUCGGAGUCUAUCGUAGACCUCGUAAGUUCACAAGCUAAUAGUCAUAAAUGUCUGCUCUGUGGAAAAACGUUUCUGUCACCUCGUGCGUUGCAGCAGCACCAGACUCUUCACAUAAACGAGAAACCGAAACAUAGUUCGUCGUGUUCACAGACCUUUACUGACCUCAAGAGUUUUACUGACCACCAUCAAGAGUGCUUAGGUGGUAAAGAGCAAAAAGACAGUAACUCUGCUCCGUCAGAAAGAGAUAUUUCAGACCUGACUUGCACAGAGUGUGGGAUUUACUUCAAGCAGGAAACUGAACUGCAUCAGCAUUAUAUUGAACAUGCACAGGGGCUCUAAAUUGCAUUAAAGUGGACAAAAAUUCUUUGGUACGUUGUUUGAUGCAUCUGCACUGAUUUUAUUUUGGUUUUGUUACCUGCUGUAAAUGCUAACAUACAGAAGAGUGACUGUAUGUCUCGAAGAGAAAAGGGUCAGCUUUUAAAUUUGUACAAUUCUGCUGUAGUGGAAGAUUUCUCUUGUAUUCAGAGUAUUAUUACAGAUACUCUAAACCAGGGGCGCCCAAACUCAGUCCUGAAGGGCCGGUGUCCUGCAUAGUUUAGCUCCAACUUCCUUCAACACACCUGCCUACAAGUUUUUGUACACCUAGGAAGAGCUUGAUUAGCUGGUUCAGGUGUGUUUUAUUGGGAUUGGAACUAAAAUAUGCAGGACACCGGCCAUCCUGGACCGAGUUUGGCCACCUAUGCUCUAAACCAGGGGUUCUCAAACUCGGUCCUGGAGGUCUGGUGUCCUGCAGAUUUUAACUUCAACUUGCCUCAAAACACCGGCAAGGAUGUUUCUAGAAAGCCUACGAAGAGCUUGAUUAGCUAGCCCAGGAGUGUCUGGUUGGAGUUGGAGCUAAAAUCUGCAGGACACUGAACCUCCAGGACCUAGAUUGAGAAAUCCUGCUCUAAAACAUAGGUCUCAAACUUGAUUGACGAUCGCAGCUCUGCACAGUUUUGCUCCAACCUUAAUCAAAGCUGAUAGCUGAUCCAACUAAUCGAGGUGUUCAAGACUACUAAAGACUAUUAAACAGGUGUGAGUUGGAGCUGGUUGGAGCUAAACUAUGCAGAGCUGCGGCACUCCAGGAACUGAGUUUGAGACCAUUGCUCUAAACCAAACAGUGGGUUCUUCAAUUACUUAUACAUGAGUUGAAAAAUUUCUUUUAUUCCCUUUACAAUAUUAUGAGAUCUCUGCAAGUGAUCAUUGUGUACCUCAGAUAUGUUUUGAUGUUUAUGGGGUUUUAAAAAUAUAUUUUCCCCCUGUUGCUUUCUGUAUUUUGAAAGAGUAUUUAAUUUAAACUAUCAAGGUGUUGCUUAGAUAUUUGAUGUACAUGCUAUUUAAAAUGAGUUUUUGUGAGGAUUACAGCUUCAACCUUUUGUUUGGUCAUGGUGAAUUUGUCAUUUGCACAGCAUCUGUUCAUGUCAGUAUCAUCAUUCCUCAUUUUACAGUUAAAUGUACAAAUAUGUUCAUCUUUUGUACCAAGUUUAUGUUCCUCUUAAAAUAAGUCUGUACAGAGAAUUGUUUCCUUGCUAAAUAUAAUAACGCUAUGUGCUUGUGGAAAUGCCCUUCAGUCAUGCUAAUGACACUGAGAAUGUAUGAAUAAGAUGUGGAAUCAUAAAUAAGCGAAUCGCUUAAAGUUAAAAUGUUAUAUGAGUAUAAUGUUUUUGUAUCUUGGAUGGCUGUGAGGGUUUAGAUUCUGAUUUGUUAAUAAAUGGCAGUCUUUCAAUAUA